AUGUCACGAGAAGCCUGGCACAAGCGAAGAGUGGGACCCUCGGGCUCUCCGGGAAAAGGAAAUCGGUCUCUAAACUCAGAGGGCAAGUGGUGGAUAAGAGGUGUCAGAAAGGAGGUCGGUGGACACCAGAAAAGCUGUAGGAGAAGCCCGCGGCGGCAGAGAAGAGAGCAAGGCUUUGAGAGCCCUAGAAGAGGGAAAUCCUACGAUGCAUGGAGGGACUCUGGCAACAGCUGGGCUUCGGAUCACUCUGCAUGGGAGGAGAGCUGUUCUGGAUGGGACGAGAACUGUUCUGGACGGGACGAGAAUUGUUCUGGAUGGGACGAGAACUGCUCUGGUUGGGACGAGAACUGUUCUGGUUGGGACGAGAACUGCGCUCAGCACGUUUGUAGAUACUCCUGGGACAGCUCCUGUUACUCCUCCCACGACUGGCUGGUAAACGACCGACUGCCAUCGAAGCCUUCUGGUAUCCGCUUCCGCCUGGACCAGGACAUUGCGCAGGUGUUGUGUGGACCCUCCUGGGCUUGGCCAGACACGCGGACGGGCACGGGACCGAUGAGGCCACGCAUCGUCGGAACUCUGGAGGAACUUGGUGGCGGUGACGAGGACUGCUGGGACCCCCAGGGAGGCCUGGACCUUUGGUGGGAAGGAGAUUGCUGGACCUCCACAGUCAUCUCGCUGGAGCCGGAUCGGGAUGUGGAGUUCUGCGUGGUCCGCCUGGACCAGGCGGAGAGCCAUCCUGGCCUCAUGCAGCCAUGGGAGCGAGUGGAGAUGCAUGAGGCUCGCCACUUCACCUGGGGGCCGAAGCUCAAACUUCGGAGCCCCCAGGCCGGUGAGGUGGCCGAGGUCUUCCUACGAGCCUCGAACUGCGACUGCCGCUCUGCAUCCUGGGCUUCACCCCCCGUGUGGCUCAGAAGCAGAGAGGAGCUCGUGGCUGGGCCAGACCGGCCGUUGCCUUGGUCCAACCAGCCGCCUGGCACCCAGCGCUGUUUCACCUUCGAUGCCUCCAGCGGCACCACGCUGAAGUUCAGCUUGUACCUACCCACCGGGUACAGACAUCAGCCGGACGAUGUGUACGAUGACAUGGAAGGGUGGCCAUUGGUGGUCUUCUUGCACUCGAUGCAU